AUGGCUGCUGCUGCUCGGACACUUCGAAUUGGUCUCAUCCCCGGAGACGGCAUCGGACGGGAGGUCAUCCCGGCUGGCCGUCGGAUUCUGGAGUCUCUGCCCUCCUCCUUGAACCUCAACUUCAGCUUCGUCAACCUCGAUGCUGGAUUUGAGACCUUCCAGAAGACUGGCACCGCCCUGCCCGACAAGACUGUCGAGACCCUGAAGAAGGAGUGCGAUGGUGCCCUCUUCGGUGCUGUCAGCUCCCCGAGCACCAAGGUUGCCGGCUACUCCUCUCCCAUCGUUGCUCUCCGCAAGAAGCUCGAUCUGUACGCCAACGUGCGUCCCGUCAAGACCACCGCCGGUAGCAGCAACGGCAAGCCGAUCGACAUGGUCAUUGUCCGCGAAAACACCGAGGACCUGUACGUGAAGGAGGAGCGCACCGUGGAGGGCCCCAACGGCAAGGUCGCUGAGGCGAUCAAGCGCAUCUCUGAGCGUGCCUCGAUGCGCAUCUCUACCAUUGCUGGUGAGAUCGCUCUGCGCCGCCAGAAGAUCCGCUCCGCUACCCCUGGCACCUCGGCUCACAGCCAGCCCAUGGUCACCAUCACCCACAAGUCGAACGUGCUGUCGCAGACCGACGGUCUGUUCCGCGAGACUGCGCAAAGGGCCCUUGCCGCCGAGAAGUUCUCGUCUAUCCACGUCGAGGAGCAGAUCGUCGACUCCAUGGUUUACAAGCUCUUCCGCCAGCCCGAGUACUACGAUGUCAUCGUCGCCCCCAACCUGUACGGUGACAUUCUGUCCGACGGGGCCGCUGCUCUGGUCGGCAGUCUGGGUCUGGUCCCUAGCGCCAACGUCGGUGACGGCUUCGCCAUUGGUGAGCCCUGCCACGGCUCUGCCCCCGACAUUGAGGGCAAGGGCAUUGCCAACCCCAUCGCUACCCUGCGCUCCGUUGCUCUUAUGCUCGAGUUCCUCGGCGAGGAGAACGCCGCUGCUAAGAUCUAUACUGCUGUCGAUGCCAACUUGGAUGAGGCCAAGUUCCUCUCCCCCGACAUGGGCGGAAAGGCCACCACUCAGGAGGUUCUGGAGGAUGUCCUCAAGAGACUGUGA